AUGCUCAGCCCAGUGCUCAGAUCUACAUUCCGCUGUUCCAUUAAUGCGAGCCGUUUGAAAGCUUCUAAUUCGUGUGCACUGCUUUCCAAACGCCUGUAUUCUUCAAACGGCAGUUCUGGCCCCAGUUCCAGCCACAGAGGCAAGAUUUUAGCUCUCUUAGGGGCUUUAGCUGUGGGCUCGACCAUUGCAUCGAUUUCAUAUCAAAAGAAUGGCCCCGUCGAGUAUGUGGAAAAAGAUAGCUCCAGCCAAUCUCAACAAACGUCUUCGCAGGGUCCGGCAUUUUCACCCAAAGAUGUUUCUGUCAUCUUUGUCCUUGGGGGUCCUGGUGCUGGAAAGGGAACCCAGUGUGCUAACUUGGUACGCGAUCACCAAUUUGUGCAUCUCUCCGCUGGUGACCUGUUACGUGCCGAGCAAAACCGCGAGGGUUCUAAAUACGGAGAUAUGAUCAGGCACCACAUCAAGGAAGGAAAAAUUGUGCCUCAGGAAGUGACCGUCGCCCUUCUCAAGCAAGCCAUCCGUGAAAAUUACGAUUUGGGGAAAAAGAGAUUUUUAGUGGAUGGAUUUCCCAGAAAAAUGGACCAAGCUCUUACUUUCGAGGAACAAAUUGUGCCCAGCAAAUUUACGCUUUUCUUCGACUGCCCUGAAAAAGUCAUGCUCAAGCGUCUAGUGGAGCGUGGUAAGACCAGUGGCAGAAGUGACGACAAUGUGGAAUCGAUCAAGAAGAGAUUUGCGACAUUUAUUGAGACCAGCAUGCCGGUUGUAAAUUACUUUGAGUCGCAAGACAAAGUAGUUACAGUAAGCUGCGAUCAUACCGUCGAGCAGGUCUACGAUCAAGUUAAGGCUGCCGUAAAGGAUAAAAUAGGCAACUGA